CCGUCGCGGACGGUCAAGAAUCGUUAUUUGGUCCGAAGCACAGAUAGUGAGAGAAAGAGAGAGGUGUGAGAGAGAGAGAGAGAGAGAGAACUCUGACGACGAGAAAAUGCGUAUACAUCUACCUUUAUCACCAGAUCUCCUCAAACCUACUGUCAUUGACCCGGAAUCUCCAUUGGUAAAGUUAGGAGGAGAGGUAGUUUUGAUCGAACUUCAAGGAGAGUUAUCUUGGGAGGGAGAUAAGUCUGAUGGGGUCGUAGGUGUUUUAGGAUUGGAUAGACCAGACAAACCGACACUUCACUUAGGUCCUCAUCAUCUUCUUCAUGGUAAAAUCGUAUCCCUGCCUAAACCUCUUGCCGUCAUUCGGAAAAAUCACGCUCCUAUCGCAACCACUCACAAGGCAGAUGUCCAUUCCGACAGAAAUACUAGAGGUGUUCUGGAAGGAGACGUUUCUGAAGAAGACCAAGAAGAAGAGGAAGAACACGACCCACUUCAGACGAUGGACACUCGAGCGGGUCCUAGUAAACCUUCGAAGGUGAAGAAGUCGACUGAAGAGAGUGAAGAGGAAGAUGAAGAACCUUUGUUUCCCAUGACAAAACCAUUCAGAACUCCCUCACGACUUGGAAAGUCCCACGGACAUACUCCAAGUAUCAAAUCUUCGAGUCCUGUCUACCCUCCUUCAUCAAUACAAGAUUAUUCCUCAGAUUUGGAUCCUACGUCUCCGUAUCGACAAGAUGAAUGUGACAGACAGAUGACAACUUUGCAUGAUAAUGAGGAUGAAAUGGAGUCUCCUUCGGUCUUGAGAAGAGAAAGGGAGAAAAGAAAAAGAGAAGAAGAAGAGAAGAAAAGAAGGAAGAAAAGAAAGUUGGAACAUGACAAGGAAAGAACGAGAUAUUAUGAGGUUGUGGGAUUGGUCAGGAAGAAGGUUGUUUUCUCUCUCAGACCUGAACCUAUAGUCACCGCUACGGUACUCCCUGAUUAGUCAAGAACAUCGGCAUCAUGUACAGAGCAUCAGAGAAUCACAUGAGAGUUGCACGUAAUGUGAUUACAGUGUAAUGGAUCCUUCGCUAUCUU